GAACGGCCCACCAUUAGAAACUGGAGGGGGCAACAAGACCCAAACAAAAGAACCCUUCUUUUUCGCUGGCUUACUCGUGUCCUUGUCGGCUUUACUUCGCCGGGAAUCUAUUCGCCGGAGACUAUCAUUUCCUCCUCCUUACCUGAUAUUAUUCUUCUUCUUUGUGUGUUUCCAUUUUUGUUUCUUUAUUGGUGAGGAAAAAAUAGAAAUUGAGAGUUGAGGGGGAGAGAUGUAUGUAGUGCCUACUCCUCCCGAGCGAUCUGAUUCUGGAUCCAAUGGUGAUUUAAGGGUUUAUCAAACUUGGAAAGGCAGUAACAUAUUCUUUCUUCAGGGAAGAUUUGUAUUCGGACCAGAUGUUAGAUCAUUGGCGCUGACAAUAUGCCUCAUUGCUAUCCCUGUUACAGCUUUUUGCAUCUUUGUCGCCAGGAAGCUAAUGGAUGACUUCUCUGAUAACUGGGGAGUAUCUAUAGUAGCUGUCGCUGUCGUCUUCACCAUUUAUGAUAUAAUUCUUCUGCUUCUAACAUCCGGAAGAGAUCCAGGAAUCAUCCCGAGAAAUGCUCAUCCUCCAGAGCCUGAACCCCUUGACGGAAACAUGGAUGCAGGAGCUGGCCAGACUCCACAACUGCGUCUUCCUCGCAUUAAGGAAGUAGAGUUUAAUGGAGCUAUAUUUAAGGUCAAGUACUGUGACACUUGCAUGCUCUAUAGACCGCCUCGAUGUUCUCAUUGCUCUAUUUGCAACAACUGCGUUGAAAAGUUUGACCAUCACUGCCCUUGGGUUGGCCAAUGUAUAGGCCUGAGGAACUACAGAUUCUUCUUCAUGUUUGUCUUCUCUACGACACUUCUCUGUAUAUAUGUGUUUGCCUUCUGCUGGGUUUAUAUAAGGAGGAUCAUGGAGUCAGAGCAUACAACCAUCUGGAAGGCAAUGUUCAAAACUCCUGCCUCCAUUGUUCUGAUAAUCUACACAUUUAUAGCCAUGUGGUUUGUUGGUGGCUUAACAGCUUUCCAUCUAUAUCUCAUCAGCACAAACCAGACAACAUAUGAGAAUUUUCGAUACAGAUAUGAUCGGAGAAGCAACCCACAUAACAAAGGAGUGGUUAAUAACUUCAAAGAAACAUUUUACUCAGCAAUCCCUUCUUCAAAGAAUGACUUUAGAGCUAUGGUCCAUCGUGAACCUCCACUGCCUCCUAGAUCUGUACCAGGCGGGUUUAUGAGUCCAAACAUGGGUAAAGCUAAUGAUGACAUUGAAAUGGGGAGGAAAGCUGUUUGGGCAGACAUGGGUUCAGCAAUGUCAGAACAUGGUGAAGCCAAAAAUAGUAACAAUGAAAGGUUACAUGUUAGGGACGGUGAGUUAGGUGAGCUGUCUCCAGAGGCUAGGACAACAGUUGAUGAUCAACAAAGUGAUAGGCCUGGUAGGAGGUCAAGCUGGGGAAGGAAAAGUGGAAGUUGGGAUAUGUCACCGGAAGUUAUGGCCUUAGCAGCCAGAGUAGUGGAACAGAACCAGAACGGUGGAGGAAGUAGCAGUGGAACCGGUCUAGUGACUGAGAACCGGCCUACAUAG